AUGUCGUACUACUGUUUCGAAACAGCAAAGAAUCAUCGACUUGUAAGUCCUUUCUCUCAAUAUGGUAGACCUUCUUAUCAAUUAUCAAGAUCCGAAAUUGUUGAACGAAUAAUUGUUGAAACGAUCGAUGAUGCUACUCUUGUAAAAAUAAAAAAACAUACAACUCUACCUUUACCUGAACUUAUCACUCCAAGUGUAAAUGUUCGAACUGUUAAAAAUCCAAGACCUCAAAACAGUUUUGUAAUUUAUCGAAGAAAUGUUCAAGCUGAAAUAGCUAAAGAAAAAGGUGCUACUGCUGCUGGUAGAUUGGAUUAUGUUUCUAAAUUCGCGGCAAAUAAAUGGAAACAUGAAUCUCAAGAAGUUAAGGAACUUUACGGCUUCCUCGCUAUAUGUGCAAAGAAAGUUCAUGAUUUCAUGUAUCCUGGUUAUGUUUAUCAACCAAAAAGACAAGCUACUACAAAUGAACCUAUGAUAAUGGUACAUGAACCUGGUAUAAAUGGUUGUAAAUUAAGGCAACCCGUCCCAACUCCUCCUGAAACUCCUUUAUCUUCUCCUCCAACAAGAAUGUCAAGACAAUAUAGUUCUCCUCCAUUAUAUCAACAUCAACAACCUUUACCUCCUCCUCCUCCUUCAUUUUUAUCUUCGGUCGAUCAUACUCCUUCAUUCGGUGCUUUUCCUCCACUUAAUCAUUUAACUCCUCUUCCUCCAUCAUCACUUCCUUUAUCAACACUUCCUCCUCCGUCAACACUUGAUAUAAACAUAUCUUCAAAUAUCAUGUCAAAUUAUGAUCGAAGACUAUGUAAGGAAAUUGACCUUGCCGUAAGGUUAAAUUAA